AGUAUACUCAGCCUGUCACCACGCUGGUAAGACGUGGCAUUCCCCGACGUCACUAAACCGGGGCCAUUUUGAACCGGAAACUCCGGUGUGUGUUUAGGACUCGAGUCGGGAUUCCCCCCUACACAAAACAUUAUAUUUCAGCUGCAUACCACGACAAGAAAGAGGUAGGGAAAGAUUCGCUCCUCUUCGUUCCACAGCUGUCAGGAAUUCGUGUGUUCCGACAGAGAAAAAUGAUGGAAGAAAGUGGAAUUGAGACAACUCCCCCAAGCACUCCUCCACCUCCCCCGAGUGCUGCAGCAGCAGGUAGCCCUGCCCCAGUGUCGCUAGCCAUAUCCAGUCCUUUGUCUCUCCCCAACACAUCCGGCAUGUCUUUCCCAGCCCAAGGCUUUUCGACAACCAUGGCUCCUGCCUCCACCUCACUCCCUCCUAUCAGACCUUCUGCACCUCCUCCAUCGGGCAGCGCUCAGGGUUCCAUGAUGUCUGCCUCUCCUUUCCCUCCUCCUGGGGCCUCAAUCCCUGGUAUACCCUUUGCGAGUCCACUGGCUGCAUCAGUCCCAGGUGUCCCCUUCUCUAGCCCCAUGGCCGCCUACUCCUCUCCCUCCAUCCCUCCCAGUGGCGCUCCUCCUCUGGGUCCUGUCAUGUCUGCACCUCCUGUUGGUCCUCCCACUACAGGCUUUUCGAUGAACGCUCACUAUGACAUCACUCGGGGUCACGCGGGGAGAACUCCACAGACACCUCUUAUGCCAUCAUUCUCCACCCCACAGCCUGUCACAGCAGUGAUGUCAAACCCCAUGGUUCAGCAGCCUGCUAUGUCUGUCGGUGUUGGAGCUGAAUCUCCUAUCACCUUCCCAGAUAAUCAUGAAGAUCCGAGGAUGGGCAUGGAGGACAGUGGCAAUGCAGGAGGCAUAUGGGGCUUUAUAAAGGGUGUUGCUGGAAACCCAAUGGUAAAAUCCGUUUUUGAUAAAACCAAACAUUCUGUGGAGUCGAUGAUCACCACUUUGGAUCCUGGAAUGGCUCCGUAUAUCAAAUCUGGUGGAGAUCUGGACAUUGUUGUGACUUCGAAUAAGGAAGUGAAAGUUGCUGCUGUUCGAGAUGCUUUCCAAGAAGUGUUUGGGCUGGCAAUGGUUAUAGGAGAAGCUGGUCAGUCCAAUAUUGCAUCCCAGCCUGUGGGUUACGCAGCAGGACUGAAGGGUGCCCAGGAACGGAUAGACAGUCUGCGUCGAGCUGGGGUGAUCCAUGAAAAGCAGGCAGCAGUCUCAGUAGAGAACUUUAUUGCUGAGCUGUCUCCUGACAAGUGGUUUGAUAUUGGCUGCUUGAUUCUUGAAGACCCAACCCAUGGCAUUCAUAUUGAAAGCUUUACACAAGCCACACCAGUGCCUUUAGAAUAUGUUCAGCAGGCCGAGACUCUAACACCAGUAGACUACAGCUUAAGGUGGUCGGGUCUCAUGGUGACAGUGGGAGAGGUGAUGGAGAGGAACUUGCCUCAUGUCAGCAAGACUGACUGGCAUGUCAUGUUCACUGGCAUGUCUCGAAGACAGAUGAUCUACAGUGCGGCUAAAGCUUUAGCAGGAAUGUAUAAACAGCGACUGCCACCCAGGACCGUUUAAUGCAACACAAAAACACCAUUUUAGCCAAUGGUUUCUAAAGGACUACAACUAUUCACACAUCCAGGUGUGUGCUUCAUUUUUAUGUCCUAUGAAGAUAUAUAGUUGGCAAACAAAAUAUAACUGUAAAUUUGUAUUUUUUUUUUUUUAAAUUAUAAGAUUUAGUGAAAGCUCCUGUAACUAAACAUUCCAGUUUGUAAGGUGUUCAAGUUUAAAACAUAACAUCUAAGUAAAUGUGUUUUGUAAACGGCUGAAACCUCGACAUCUGUAGCAGAUGGAAGAUGUUUUGAAAGUGAUUUUAAUAUGGGACAAAGGAAAUCGGAACGGAAAUGCAGAAUUUUGCUAUUUUUAAAAAAUAUAUUCUAAGCAGUGAAACCUUGAAGGAUUGUUUGAUUGAUCUCAGUGGGAUAUGGGCCCUUUUCAGAUUUUCCUCUAAGCUCUUAUGCCAUGCUUGUUACAGAGGUGUCUGUCCUGAGUAGUAAAAGGUCACUGAAUAGGAGGUGUACAGUUUAUCAGAAUCCAGGCUUAAAAUUGGCACCUGCCUCCCCAAUAUUUGGUCCUACAGCCAACAGAAGUCAGUUCUGACGUAAUUAAAGCAUGACAUGACAUUUAUAAUAAUAAUUUUAAAAAUAGGCUUUACAAUUACCUCAUUAGCCAUGCCUAAGUCUUUGGCCCAUAGGUUACAUCUGGUUAAAGAUGCAACUAAAUAAGAUCUUAUCAAUUCAAUUUAAUGUGUGAACUCAAAAUUGACAUCUGUCUGCUAUAGGACCUAGUAGGUGAUGCUAAUGUUGAGCCUUGAGAAAUGUGUGUUGAGAGAAGCUGGAUCUAGGAGUGAAGCUUAAAUUCUUACCAUUGACUCAGAUAAAGUCCUGUUCAGAAUGAUUGAGUGCAGGAGGAUUUUAAAGGAGGUUUCUUGAUACAUGCAUUAAAGGUUUUUUUCUGUUUUUUUUUUUUACUAUUGACAUUAUAGAUGGCCUCAUUUAUUGUAAUCUAUGAAAAAUCAUUUUUAAACUAUCUUCUUUUUUGCUAACUUUUGUUCUCUAAAAGAUAUACAACAAUGGAUUUAUAUCUAAAUUGAUCUUUGUUCGCCAAAGUCAUAUAUAUAUUCUAUAUAAGUAACGUAACGGCUUUAAAACUUGACUGUAGUGUAAAUAAACCAUACACAGUAUGCAAAAAAAAAAAAAAACUUUGAUUCCAGUCAUCAGAAAAUCUCCAGCCACAUGAUAUGUGAAUAAAAACAAAUGAAUCACAGGAAUAUUGUAAAUGAAGAAUUGGAACAGUAUAUUUGUAUAAUACAAUAACAUUCAUAAUUUAGGAAGAUUUGACAAGUUUGAUGCUAAAAACCCAAUAAGGGGCACUUUGAUUGUUCAUAAUUUCCUGGGGUUUGUGAAAUCUGUUACACACCUUGGUGAUCCAUUGUGCUAUCUUGCUUAUAGCCGGUUGGUUUCAAAGUAUUACUAUUCAUUUCCGCUGUGUUUAUUUAUGUUUACAUUGAAAUAAUGUAGUUUGACAUACCCUUAUGUUCAAAUACCUCUUUCCAUAAUAUAAAGAGAACUAGCAUUAUGACAAGAUCUUUAGGAUUCAAACAAAAAAUAACACCAGGUCUGCAGUGUCCUGAAUGACCAGAUGAUCCGCUUUCUUGUAUGAAAACGCAGUUUGGUGUUUUGAUGUGAAGAGUCAGCAUCAAAACAGCCCGAGCUGCUUAAAGGCUGUAUAAUGCAAAUGUGCCUCCAGCUUUUAUUAGUAGUCCCUAUUCUCUGCAUGUCACUUGCCCUGUCAAAAAUGACAUUGAUCUUUUAAUAAUGCUUUCCUUUUUUUUUUUUUUUUUGCAUUAAUCCACUGAAAACUAAAAUAAUUUAUCCCAGAGUGACCACAGAAAAACUAGAGCUGUGAAUGACCUCAGGGCUGCCAAUUAUGUUAGUGUGAAAGUAAAAAAGUAAAAGAGUGUUAGUUUGCUGUUGAAAUUUGCAUAUAUACCUGAGAGAGAUUUCAGCAUUUUAUGUUUUGGACAAAUGGCAGCAUUUUAGCCGACGGUUAUAUUGUUAUUUGUUUAUUAUUUGGGAUAAAGGAUUAACAACUAUAAAACCGCCUUUUUACAAACCAAGAUUUGUAAAUAAAUAACAUUUUUGGCAAAUAAAACAUUGUUGGCAUUUCUCCUAAAGUGGAUGCUGGGUACAAGUUGUACAACUAAUGUGGCAGGUUUUAGUGUGCGGCUUUACCUUUUUGAUGACAGGCAUGAACAUAUACUGUACUGUGUAAAGAUUCUCAGCCCUUUGUGUCUCACAAUUGUUCUAAUGUGUAAAUCGGAUGAAUCAGAUACAUCACAAGGAACACUGUAUAAUAUUCUAAAUAUAUUUAUAUACUGUUCUCUAUAUUCAGUUUAGUAUUUUAUAAAACCAACAGAUACAGUACAUUUAUUAUCCUUUUAAAACAUGCUUUAAAUAUGUGCCACUGAUGUUCAGGAGACUAAAUUCAUUUAUUUACUA